GGUCUGCUGCGACAGCUGGUUCUGUUGCCUGGGUCAGAUGCUACCUCCCGAGUGUGUCCCUCUUCAGACCCCAGACUGGCAGUCCUCUCUGUCCCUCAGGCCCUGCUCACCAUGCCCAUCACACCCACUGGAAACGACAUAGUCCCCCUGUAUCCUUACGAGGCAGAAGUGUUCAUAACCCCGGGGACCCAGCCUCCCUGUGCCAAGGCAGAGGAGGGCCAGCUGUGGUUUAACACACUGAAGAAAGGCCUGCUCCUGUGUGAUGGACGGCUGUGGCUGCCUCUGCUGCAAGAGAAAGAGCGUCUGGACUAUGUUGAAGACUACCAAGACCUUUACACCAACUCGGAGACGUUCGACAUCGAGGUGUUCCACAUCCCCUCCCAAGGGCUGUUCGCUGCCACAGCCAAUCGCCAGACCAAGCCGGGCUCUGGAAUCUACAAGUGGGUGGAUGGGAAGUUUCAAGUGUAUCAGAACAUCAUCACCUAUGAAGCACGGGCAUGGAAGUACUUCACUGUGGGCAACAAGAUUUUCCUAGCAGUGGCUAACUCCAAGGGCCAGCCUGGCGAGGAGUGGGAGGAGUCAGUGAUCUACAAGUGGAGCAGCAGGAAGUUAAUGUUUCUACCUUAUCAGACCAUAGAGACACACAGUGCUCUGGACUGGGAGGCCUUCAGCAUACAGGAACAACAUUUCCUGGUUGUGGCCAAUCACAGACGAGGUGACAACAAUCACAACAUCGACAGUGUGAUUUACCGGUGGAACCCAGGGACCAAGGUGUUUGAGGUGAAUCAGACCCUCGAGACUUCUGGGGCCUACGACUGGGAGUUCUUUUCCGUGGGCCCAUACCACUUCCUGGUGGUGGCCAACACUUUCGAUGGAAUAUCCACCAACAUCAACUCCACCAUAUACAUCUGGCUGGGAGGAAUGUUCAAGCCAUUUCAAUACAUCAAGACGGUGGGAGCGACGGACUGGGAGAUGUUCCAGGUCAAGGAUCGGUACUUCCUGGCGGUGGCUAACGGCCAGAAACUGAACGAGAGAGGCCCUAGUCACUACAACAUCAACUCAACCAUCUACGAACUGAACGUGAUCACACAGACCUUCGUUAAGUUCCAGGACAUCGUCACAAACAGUGCGGUGGACUGGGAAUUCUUCUCGGUGGGUGAAGAGAAGUUCCUUGUUGUGGCCAAUUCUCACGAUGGAUCCUCGUAUUCUUUAAACAGUGUUAUAUACAGGUGGCAGGGAUAUGAGGGAUUUGUCCCUAUCCACCGGCUCCCAACCAUCGGCUGUACGGACUGGGAAUAUUUCAAUACCACAGCAGGGUCCUUUCUCGUCUAUUCCAGUGCCACCUCUCCCCUGUCUAAAGUCUUCAGACUGAAGACACACUGAUUCCUCCCUGUUCCUGACGCUCCACUAUCUGAGCCGGUUAGAGACACAUGGUGUGGUGGAGCAAUGGAAGGGGAAUGAAUUACAGCUUUUCUAGUGUUGCUGGACAGACAGGC